UAAUCACUCUGUCCACUGGAAGCAAGUCUGCUAAAUCUUCACAUGCCUGGUGUAGCUGCCCCAGGCAAGGUUAAACAACAUAGCAGCAGUGGUGUGUAAACUUCUGAGACCAUUUGCAUUGAUUACAGUCAAUCCAACCUGCCCAGAUCAAACCUGGGCUGGCCAGCCUGAAAACCAUCCCUGUUUAUACUCAACACUGGUGCACUGGGCUUGGAAUCAGAGCAGCUCUGCCCACUGCUUCACACGGCUUCUCUCAGCUUCAGUAGAAGGAAGGCAUGUACUUUGAGCCUGGGUCUCGCUGGAGUUACCUGCUUUCUUUGCUGUGGUAUUUUUUUUAUUGAUUUGAGAAAGUUAAUGGUCAGCAGGAGGCAUGGCUGAAAACAAGACGUUCCGCUACGGGCUGAUCGUACUGGGAUUGUUCCUGGUGAUGAUCGGCAUGUUCAUCAUGAUCGUGGACAAGCCCCACAUCUAUGCUACCUUCUGCGCCCUGGGAGUCCUCAUGGUGGUCCUGGGCAUUGUCUGGAGCAUGUGUCAAUGCUAUCCCAAGGUCACAUUCGUAACUGUUGCUGAGCAGGAGUCUGAGUUCCUCAUAGCACAGAAGUACAAACUCUCUGUAGCUUCCAUUGAGAGUGAGGUCCCAGAUAAAAAGAGUUCCAGUUCUUCAACCUACACCUGCCCAGAAGAAGCUGACAUGUACGAUCACAGCCUCCCGGCUUACCACCAAAUUGAAAUAAUGAGGCUCGAAACCGAGGACACGCUGGGCCUGCAGUCAGCUUCCCCGGCACUCUCCCUGGAAUCCAGGGCUCAGGAAACCCUGGGGUCUGUGCAGGCCAGAGCAGAGGUGCACUGGGUCAAGAUGAGCCAAGGAGAAAGUGCAACGCACGAGGACACCCUGUCAGCUCCACGUGUGCCGGAGUGGUACAGGGCAGCCCCCCUGGCCUCCUUCGUGGAAGACUCUACCAGCCUCUCCACCGCAGACCCUGUCUUCCUGCAGCAGCCUGGCCCCGGACUCACAGAGCUGCCUCGCUACGAAGAUAUCGCCCUGAUCGAUGCCCCACCCUGCGAGGGGCAGUGCCCCUGCCACGCUGACACCAGCGGCUUCCUGAGAGACGACUGCCUGCAACCGGCUGAGUCGGCUCUGCUCCAGGGGCCCCCAGAGAGGAUGAGGGAGGAGAAGGAGGAGGGGGAGCUGUACUACGGAUGUGACAGAUGAGUUGCUGCAGAUUGUGUCAGAACUGCAAAUUACCCAUGGUAAACCCUUAUGAGACUGGCACGCCCACCGCAGCUCAUUGCUCUGGGAUGUGUACCACUUUCCAGUAAGACAGACAGAAUCCUCUUUAGUGAAUCACGGAUCACAAAUACUGUAUGAUUAAAACUGUACAUAAUAACAAUUACCUUUUGUUUGAAUUUUCUGUUAUGCAAGAAAUAUACAUUUGUUUGUACCUGGAUAUAUGAACCAUUCUCUACUUCAAUACAUGUUACUUUAGCUCUUACAGAAGCUUCCCUUUGCUUUGCUUCCCAGACAUCGCCUUACCCCUGCUCUCUCCCCAUGUCAUAUUAAAACUAGUGGAAGAGCCUUGAAUACUCACUGGUUAAUGUUUAACUGCCCUGCAUGAAGCUUAACCACUGGGUUAUCCAUUAGAGACACAGUCCCUGACUCUAUGACAGAGGUUAUUAGAGAAGUAAGUUACAGUCUCCUUUUCAAUCUCUACCAAUUACACAUUGAAGAAAAAAAAACUAAAUGGACUGACUAAUAGGAGUUCAUUUUUAUGUUUAACUAGUGGAGUGGUGUGCUGCUGUGUUUAGAGAUUGAGAGGCUAGGCUGUUGUAAUUGACCGCACUGUUUACCUGAAGCUAGAAUUGAAUAAAAAAAAAUAUAUAUAUGAAAUCUUGUAACCAUGGUAGUACAUUUUAGGGUUAGUUAUUUUUAUAGCUAUAAAAUUAUAAUAUGUAAUAAACCCAUUUCAUAUUGAAAGACUGUAUUCCUAUUUUCCCCUGUGUCACUGUACAGUAGUGGUCACAAUCCUGACUCCUACAUUCUGUUUUGUUUAGCUUACUUUCAGGGGUACAUUUCAGAAAACGAGGAUCAGAAACCUUGGUGAGUCUAAUUACAGAUCUCGAGCAGCUCGUCUCUGUUCUAGUUUCGCCGAUUCUCAGUUCACACGCCGUCCUGCAAAACCUAACAAAGAACUGAAGGACCUCCUUGUGAAUGAGAUGCAUCUCUCUCAAGGGUUCUAUCCUGGUUAAAUAAAUACACCUGAAACCUGCAUCAGAAAGCCAU